GUAUUCUCCAACUUCAUAAAACAAAAGGCAAAAAAGCCUAAAAGAAAAGAGAAGUUGGAAAAUUUAAAAAAAUUCAAAAAAGCAAAAAGAAGAAAUGCUUCCAAGUUCGCGCCAAUGCAAAAAAAAGUUCAGCAGAAAUCAUUCUCGUACAAAUUACAAUCAGUCAUCAGAUCCCAAGUUUCCAAUUUUAGCACAACUAAUAAUUGCAAUUCAAAGUCUCACAAUUCUUGUUCUUUCGUAACGCUUCCUUCUUUUCCUCACUUUUACUCCCCUUUUGUCACAUUUGCGGAAUUUUAGGGUUUCGUUGAAAUCUCAAUCAUUUGUGGUUUUAACUCUGGAUUCUUUGCUCUGUAAGUUUCACUGUAAUCAAGCAAAAUGAGAGCGUCUACUUCUCCGUCCCUCACUCAGACUACUUGUGGUUCUCUUCUUCAAGAAUUGCAGAAAAUAUGGGAUGAAAUUGGAGAAAGUGACAGCGAACGAGACAAGAUACUUUUGGAACUUGAGCAAGAUUGCCUAAACUUGUACCGAAGGAAGGUGGAAAAUACAAGGAAAUACAAAGCUGAUCUUUAUCAAACACUUGCUGAGGACGUAGCUGAAAUUGCUAGACUUAAUGCUGUACUUGGAGAGAGGACCUCUUUCAUACGUGCAAAGGGUACUCUAAGAGAGCAACAAUCUUCUACAAAACCUGUCUUGGACGAUCUAAGAUUAAAGAAACAGCAAAGAGUAAAGGAAUUUUCUGAAACCGAGUCUCAGAUUAUUCGUAUUUGUGCUGAGAUAGCAGGGAAUGAUCAGUUUAUAAAUAAUGCUGAACCACAAGUAGAUGAACAAGACCUGACAACAGAAAGGCUGGCUGAACGUAAAUCACAUCUUGAAGAGCUUCAGAAUGAGAAGGCUCUUCGUUUGCAGAAAGUUAACACUCAUAUCAGUACUAUUCAUGAGCUAUCAGUUGUCAUGUCUGUUGAUUUUAGAACAACAGUUGCUGAGGUGCACCCUUCUUUGGUUGAUCAUGGACAUGGCCAGUUGAAGAGCAUUAGUAAUGAUACUCUUGCUAAGCUAACAAGUGUUGUGAAUUCGUUGAAGCAAGAAAAGCAGCAACGGUUGGAAAAGAUUAAAGAUUUGGGUAUUGCCUUAGUGGAGUUGUGGAGUCUCUUGGACACCUCAACUGUUGAUCAGAAAAAGUUUGAGCAUGUUACAUGGUUAAUCCCUUCUUCUGUUGAUGAGGUUACAAGGCCUGGUUCCCUUUCUCUGGAUGUCAUUGAGCGGACGGAGAUUGAAGUUGAGCAGUUGAAUAUUCUUAAAGCCAGCAAGAUGAGGGAGCUAGUGAUGAAGAGGCAAACUGAAUUAGAGGAAAUUUAUAGAGGUGUCCAUGUGGAAGUAGAUAGUGAUGCUGCAAGGAAAAUGUUGAUCAACCUCAUUGAUUCUGGCAAAGUAGACUUGUCUGAGAUGCUCUUUCGUAUGGAUGAUCAAAUAAGACAAGCUAAAGAAGAAGCUCAGAGCAGGAAGGACAUACUUGAUAGAGUUGAGAAGUGGAAAUAUGCAGCAGAGGAAGAAAAUUGGCUUGAUGAAUAUGAGAAGGAUGAUAACAGAUAUUGUGCUGGAAGAGGAGUGCACAAAAAUUUGAAGAGGGCUGAAAAAGCAAGGGCUCUGGUCGGCAAAAUACCAACUCUUGUUGAAAGUUUGAUAACAAAGGUUAAAGCUUGGGAAUCAGAGAAAGGAAUGACAUUUUUUUAUUACAAGGAAUCUCUGUUACAGAAGUUAGAUGAAUACUCUUUACAGCGUCAGCAGAGGGAAGAUGAGAAACGUAAAACUCGGGAGCAGAAAAAGUUGCAGGAGCAGCUUGCGACAGAAAAAGAAGCACUCUAUGGCUCGAGGCCAAGCGCAAAAAAGCCGUUGGGUCCAAGCAUCAGUAAUAAUGCAAUGGUAGGAACUCCCAUUGCUCGUAAGAUAGGAACGCCUGCUGGUCGUUAUGGGAUUUCAAGUAGUAAAGAGCGCAGAGAUAGCAGUAGAGUUAUACCAGUCAACUUUGUUGCUCUUGCCAAAGAUGAUCCAGUCUCUCAUGCUAGCUGACUCUUAGUUUGGUGACCAAAAGAUUAUAGGAAGUUGUUCAUGACUGACAUAAGUAGAUGUAUUCUCAAAAAAGAGUAACUGGUCUGGUAGCAUCUGUUAAAUUGUUUGAACUUCAGUUAAUUUAGGGUUACUGGACUUGCUUAGCCUAGUAUUACUUGUGGGUUAACUUGUAAGCAAAUUUCAUUUACUAUUUUUUAGUGAACAGAAAAGUUUAGUCAAGUA